AUGGAAAAUGAUAGUAGAAAGAAGAAACAUGCGAAUACGAAGAAAGACAUUUCUGAGAACAGAAGUCCUCUUCAAGAUUUGAAUGCCCAAGUUCUGAUUCUCAGAAAGAAUUGCAGCAAAAACUGCACAAAUUCUUCUUAUUCUUCUUCUUCAACGAAAACCCUUCUUACAAAAAAGCCCAAACGUCAAUUCAAAUUUACAAACUGUGCCACUCAAAAAUCAGCAACAGCUGGAGGAGGUAGUUCAAUAGUGCUCAGAUCUAAGGAAAAUGAUAUUCGCAAAAAGCCCAUUUCUCAGAAGCUACGGAAGAACCAUCCUCUCCUAUAUCAUAGGAAAAUUAAUAAAAAGUCAAACCUUUCUUCUCGUCCUCGCAAUCCAGUGAAUACAUUGAAGAAAGGGUUUGAAGGAGUUGGGGAAAAGCUAAAGAAUUUGCAGGAAAGUGGCCCAGGAAAAAUGUCAUGGGGCACUGGUUUAGAAUUUGCAAAUUUAGACGAUAAUAAAAAUAUAAGAGAAGACUCAACUUCAAGAACAAUUGAUAGUAAUAGUAGUACUGCUACUAAAACUCCUCCCAUCGAGGCCUCUGUCUCUCCUGAGAUUCAAUGUGGGUCUCACUCAAAAGUGUUGGUUUCCGCAGCAGCUGUGACACCUAUUUGUUAUGGCGCUGGACACCUUGUCUUAGGGGUCACGGAUAAGAGAAAGUGUAGAUCGAGAGGGAUUCUCACUGUAGGUUGUGAAAACGCUAAUCUUUUUGAAUAUGGUAGUAAUGAGGGGAAAAUGUUUGACGAAUCUCAGGCUUCUUUGAUUCCGUUGCCUGGCGAAGCUUCGUUGCACUGGCUAUUGUCUCCAUGUGAUGAGGAGCAUGAGGGAAAUGAAAGUGAUUUGGAAAAGAAGUUGGAACGCUGUAGGAUGAUACCUGGGAAUGAUUCUGUGUUGCUUGAUUUAGGAUCUUCUCCUUCAACAUCAAGUGGUAAUGCAUCUGAUUUCAUACGUGAUUUCGAUAGCUCCGGCGUCAGUAGUAAUGUAGGUGAUACAGAAAGUACUGGAAAAACAAGGAAUGUUUUGCUUUCUCCAAGAAGAGUUCCUGAGCAGCAUGCGAUUUCAGAGCCUUCUUCCAGAAAAAUAGAUGAGUUUUUCUUAGUUGAUACUCCUCAUUGCACACCUAUGGGUAAGGCUAUCAACUCACAAGAGGACAAAGACUACAGUUACAAUCAGAUUGGAGAUAGUGCUGCAGUGUCUGUUGGUUCUUUAAGUAGUGGAAAUGUCAUUCAGACACCAGAUUCAAAUUCAAGCUCAGAAAGGCAUAUUGAUGACUAUGAACACCAAAGACUUCACUUUGAACCGGAGUCGGUCACAGAAAUUCUACACGGAGUGAGCCUGUCACCUAGAAAUAAGAUGUCAAUAUGUGAUGCACCUGCUUUUGAUAUGCAUUGCACCAACUUGGCCUCACAUUCUCAUUCUGUUGACCUCAACCAACUUCCCCAGCAAAGUUCGGGCAAAACUUCUUCUGUCUUUGAUUCAAUGUCAGAGAAUCUGUCACUAUCCCAGAUGAGGAUAUCAUGGAGGGAUGGACUGGUGAGCCAGACGUAUGAGAUGGAUAGAUUUGAUUGUUGCAGGUGCUUGUCAGAUGAGGAGGUUGAUGCUGAGAGUGAGGGAUGCUCCGACAAGCGUAAAAUGGCUUAUCCAGGGACUGAAUCCAGUGCAAACAAAGAAUGCGAUGUGUUGAGAAAUAGUGGUUUCAAAUCUCCUGGGAUUCAGAUUGGACGAUUUGCUACAAAAACCACUUCUUUUAAGUCUGAUAAUUAUGAAAAUUUAUUUGACAAAAGCGCUGGAUGGUGCCACCCAGAUCUUGACCUUCAUCUUUGA